AUGGUUCUACGUGUCGUAGGGUUUCUCUUGUUGUGCUUUGCCGUAGAAGCGACCACAAGCAAUACUGCUCCUACGAACAUAACAGUUCCGGCACUAAUAGUAUUCGGAGAUUCAAUUAUGGAUACGGGGAAUAACAAUGACAUUCCCACUCUUCUGAAAUCAAAUUUUCCUCCUUAUGGUCGAGAUUUUCCUGAUGGUAUUCCUACCGGUAGAUUUUCAGACGGCAAAGUUCCAUCGGAUCUCAUUGCGGACAAAUUAGGGAUUGCAAAGACACUACCACCAUAUUUAGGUUCGAAUAUAAAGCCAAACGAUCUUUUAAAAGGUGUAAUAUUUGCUUCUGGAGGUUCCGGUUAUGAUCCGCUAACAUCUACGUUAUUGUCGGUAGUAUCAAUGUCAGAUCAAUUGAUAUAUUUUCAAGAAUAUAUAUCAAAAAUUAAACAACACUUUGGAGAAGAAAAAGUUAAGUUUAUGUUGGAGAAAAGUGUGUUUCUAGUGGUCUCUAGCAGUAAUGAUCUCGCCGAGACUUAUUUGGUCAGAUCAAUCGAAUUUGAUCGUGACUCAUAUGCUGAAUAUCUAGCUGAAUUGGCUUCCAAGUUCAUUAAAGAAUUAUCCCAACUCGGAGCUAAAAAUAUCGGUGUGUUUAGCGGAGUGCCAGUUGGAUGCGUACCCGCGCAAAGAACACUUUUCGGAGGUAUACGAAGAAAAUGUUUCGAAGAUCUAAACAACAUGGCACUUCACUUCAAUGCAAAACUAUCAUCUAAUUUGGAUGCUCUACAAAAAGAGUUGCCAAGUAAACUAAUAUUUAUCGACGUUUACGAAACUCUUCUCGACAUCAUCAACAAUCCUGCGAAUUACGGAUUUGAAGUAGCAGAUAAAGGAUGUUGUGGUACUGGAAAAUUUGAGUUAGUUGUAUUGUGCAACAAAUUUACUCCUUUUACAUGUUCGGAUGCAUCGACUCAUGUGUUCUUUGACGCUUAUCAUCCGAGUGAAAAGGCAUAUCAAAUUAUCACUGAUAAACUGCUAGAUAAAUACCUUAAGUACCUUCACAAUUGA